CAGUGAUAUGAGUGCGGUGACAUCGGAAGCUUCUGCCUCGCUUGAAUCCCUGGAGGACGUUGCACGCAGAGAAUUGGGAGAAACGCCUGAGGUGAAACAGACGGCUCUGGAUGAUUUGCGCAAGCUUAUUUCAGGGGAACCGUCGUUGUGCUGCCCCACGGAUGAUGCCUUUCUGGUCAAGUUUCUGCGAGCCCGCAAGUACGACGCGCAUUCCGCUUUCACGAACGUCAAGAAAUACUUCAGGGUUCGAACGGACCAUCCGGAACUGUUUAAAGAGCUAACUCCAAGCUCCAUCCUUUUCGACGUCGUUUGCCGCACGAAUCGACUGUUGACGGUGUCGCGCCACAAAGAUCCACUGGGAAGAGUAGUUGUGCUGAUCAAAAUCGGCAGACGACCGAAAACGAGCAUACGCCUUUUCCAGGACUGUUUACCCCUGCGCCUGAAAGGAUUGUACGUUAUCAACAAUCCUCCAAUAUUUGACUUCUUUUUUGCAAUUGCCAAGACCUUCCUUGAGGCAAAACUAAUACAGCGGGUAAGAAUUGCCUGCAUGUUUUUCAAUUACAUUCUUUCGUUGCUUAGUUAUUCACGACAUCUGGUCUUUUUCCCCAACAGUGCGAGCAAAGAAAACACAAAUCUGCAUGAAAGAACAUUGCUAAGGAAGUUGACUGUUGACACCUAACGUGGGAAGAAGAUGCCGCAGCAAGCCUUCAUCGAGCAAAGCAUCUAAAUUAAUGCUAGCCACUACGAGUAUUACCCAGUGAUACCACCGAUUCGCUUGAACAGAAAGCAGCUGCCAAAUGCAAAAAAAAAAAAGAAAAGCCCUUCAAAAACAAUUUGGCUGAGAUGAUGAACAUGUUGCUGUGCCGGGUGUCCAUAAAAGAAACUAGCACAAUUGCAUUGUUUUAAUUUCUGCCGUAUUUCACUCAAGCUGCAGAUUUAUAAACAUGAGAAAGACUUGACCGAUCAACUUGGCAAAGAGACAUGUCGGAAAUACGGUAUGUAGAUCGACUACUUAAGCAUUGGGACGCAAUACAAGCCCCGAUUUUCGACAUAAUGUUUAUAGCGAAAGGUGAGUCUAAGUGUGCUUCGGAAAUAAGCCGUCAUUCUAUCGUCAGCGCUCAUGACGUGUAAUAUUCUGUACGUCCUUGUAGAUUUCUGCACUGAAUUUACCACGUGAAAAUGAAUAGUUCUUUCAUAAGCGUCCCUUAACUCGGCCAUAUCAGCCUGUUUAUAAUGCCCGUCUAGAAAGCAGCUGGGCCAAACGAACGCUUGCGAAUAUACCGGGACUUGGACCAAGAUUUUUU